CUACUUUAAAAGCCUGUCACGGCCAGAUUCAGCUUUUAGUAGCAUAGAAACGGCGCGAUCGUACACAACGUUGUGCUCGAACGAACGGUAUCGCUUUGGUGAGGGUGGUAUCAGUGAAUAGGGGUGCGAAAGCUCGUGGGGUUUUUUUUAUUCGUUUCGGUAACCUGUUGCAUUUCAACGUUAUUUUUUGUGAGUUGGAAGUGGCGAUUGCUGAAUCACUCAAGUGUGAAAUAUUGCUUCGGUGAUUUUGUUCUGUUGGUGUUAGACAACGAACAUCGAUUCGAAGUGUCGCGUAACUGAAACUGCUCUAAGUGUUAUAGAAGAUUAGUGUUUCGGACUAUUGGAUUGAAUCAGUACUUAAAACAGAGAUGUUCUGUUUGCUUAACUUUCACGCUAACCUCGUAAGUUUUCUAACCAAAUUCGGAAUGGGUACUAAACGUUUUGAGGCUCCCCCUGUCACUGAAAUGCAGGCCCCACAGUUCAAAGAAUUCGCCAAGGAAAUGGUGGACUACAUCGCUGACUAUCUGGAGAACAUCAGAGACAGACGUGUUCUCCCGGAGGUCCAACCGGGAUACCUACGCCCUUUGAUUCCAUCGGAGGCUCCCCAGCAGCCGGAAAAAUGGCAAGACGUGAUGGCCGACAUCGAGCGGGUCAUCAUGCCCGGUGUGACCCACUGGCACAGCCCCAAGUUCCAUGCGUACUUUCCAACAGCUAACUCUUAUCCAGCCAUUGUGGCUGAUAUGCUGAGUGGUGCUAUUGCCUGCAUUGGCUUUACUUGGAUUGCGAGUCCAGCGUGUACCGAACUGGAGGUCGAGAUGCUUAAUUGGUUGGGUAAAAUGUUGGGCUUACCGGAGGAAUUUCUGGCCAGUUCAGGAGGUCAAGCAGGCGGUGUGAUUCAGGGAACGGCUAGCGAAGCUACUCUUGUUGCACUACUGGGUGCCAAGGCUAAAACCAUGAAGCGGGUUCAAGAGGAACAUCCGGAAUGGGAGGAGUCGUACAUUAUUUCGCGACUGGUUGGAUACACCUCAAAUCAGUCGCACUCCUCGGUAGAGCGAGCUGGCUUGCUCGGUGGUGUAAAGCUGCGUUCCCUGAAAGCGGACUCUAAUCUGCAGUUGCGUGGUGAAACUCUGGAGGAAGCUAUCAAACAGGAUUUGGCCGAUGGUUUAAUUCCGUUUUAUGCUGUCUGCACCCUGGGCACGACAAAUACUUGUGCUUUCGAUCGUUUGGAUGAACUGGGCCCUGUUUCCAACAAGUACAAUGUUUGGUUACACGUUGAUGCAGCCUAUGCUGGAUCGGCAUUUAUCUGUCCGGAGUAUCGGCACUACAUGAAGGGAAUCGAGACAGCGGAUUCGUUCAAUUUCAAUCCUCACAAGUGGAUGUUGGUAAACUUUGACUGCAGUGCAAUGUGGCUGAAGGAGCCGUACUGGAUAGUGAACGCUUUCAACGUUGAUCCGUUGUAUUUGAAGCAUGACAUGCAAGGAUCCGCACCCGAUUACCGUCACUGGCAGAUUCCAUUGGGCCGACGAUUCCGUGCGUUGAAACUAUGGUUCGUAAUUCGUCUGUAUGGCGUGGAAAAUAUUCAAGCUCACAUUCGUCGCCACUGUGCUUUUGCUAAGCAAUUCGAAUCGUUCUGUUUGGCAGAUGACCGUUUCGAGAUCUUCAGCACCGUUCAGAUGGGCUUGGUUUGCUUCAGACUAAAGGGGACCAACGAGUUAAAUGAGGCUCUGCUGAAACUAAUCAACGGUCGCGGCAAAAUUCAUUUGGUACCGUCGAAGGUUAACGACACGUACUUCCUGCGUAUGGCGGUUUGUUCGAGAUUCACAGAAGCGGCCGAUAUUGAGUACUCAUGGAAGGAAGUUGCUGCUUCGGCCAAUGAAUUGAUGAAAAAGUAAAAGUUCGGACUGGGGUUCCUGCUAGUGUGUAUUGUUAUUGUCUCUCUCACUUUAGAAAACUUGUAAGUUAUAUGGUUCUAAACAAACUGCAUAAUGUUGAUAAGUCUCAAUACUGGAGAUCGGACCAAACAACAUAUAAAAUUAAUCAAUCCAUUGAUGUACAUAGUGCUUUUUGAAAAAUUGUAUCCUCAUUGUUAUAUUUAAGAUGUCCCUUUAUGUUUAGUAAAUGUUGAAUGUAAAAAAUAAAAUAUUUAUUGCGUAUCAAA